AGUUCACUUCAUUCAUUCCAAAUGAAAUUCAACAUUUGUUUUGGUGUAGGCUACCAUAUGAUGAAUCAUCCAAGUAAUCAGACACCUCAAAUCCAAAUGUGGAAAUUGUCUGACACUUACUGCAGUACCCAACUUUAGCCUGGAUCAGGAUUUCUGAUAAGGUAUUGUCUGAUUCCAGAAGACACUGAAAUGUAGGAACAGCAGGUAAUUAUUCAUCUGGAAAGAAUUCACAUCUCUCUUUGCAGGAUUCAGUGACAGCCCCUUAUUUUGUUCUAUUAAACAAGUACUCCUCAAACCAAAGCACCUGCCCCAGGUAAGACUGGACUUCAGCUUCAGAAGGUUUUCUAUCACACCAAUAUGCCUGUAAACCCACAUAGGCUACAGCGCAUGUUUUAUGAUAUAAAAGCAAAGUAAUAUAAAAUUUCGACGAAUUUUCCCCCGUCGACGUCAAGCUGUGACCUGCAUUGGAUUGGAUAGUGUUGGAAGAAUGUGCCUGCUCCAUCAUGUGGUCGCACCCGCAGUGACAGUCCUGUUGUGCACUCUCCCAGGAGAGGCGUUUUGUUAGGAAGUUUCUGUAUGUGAGUCAACACAGCACAAGGAGGACGCCACCCUGCAUUACUGCUGGAUCUGCCGCAGUUUUCUUCCGUGGAAACAGGACAAGACAAAGCGACAUUUAAGUCGUUUCUCAACAGCUGGGGAUUUCGUCUUUAACCUUCGCACGCCGGGAAUGGUUAUUGUUUUGAUGCGGCUGUUUCCUCAUUGGGAUUAACGCAACGGAGGAGGAAUGAAAGUGACGGUGUGUUUCGGGAGGACCCGAGUGGUCGUUCCGUGUGGCAAUGGAAAUAUUAAAGUUCACAACCUUGUAGAACAAGCGGCCAUGAGGUAUAAAAGGGCGACUGCCAAGGACUCUAACUACUGGGUCCAGGUCCACAGGUUGGAACAUGGGGAUGGAGGCAUUUUGGACCUGGAGGACAUGCUGUGUGAUGUGGUGGAUGACAAAGACAGGCUGGUAGCUGUAUAUGAAGAGCAGGAUCCUCACAAUGGAGGUGAUGGUACCAGCGCCAGCUCCACAGGUACGCAGAGUCCCGAACCUUUUGCUAGUGACAUGAGUUCAGCAUCAGCCUUUCAGCCCUACCAGGCCAGCAGUGAGAUCGAGGUGACCCCGUCCUCCCUGCAAUCCAACAUGCCUCUCCAUGUCCGUCGCAGCAGUGAUCCCUCCUUGGCUGACCUUCCUCUUGGUGAAGUUCUGGUUGGUUCAGAGGAACCAUCCAGAAAUAACCCAACGCGAUGGUCCACAACAGCUGGAUUUCAAAAGUAUAGCCUUAAACCAAACACAAGCAUUGGUACUGGAAGUCUGGAACGAAAGGCUAGAGGACCCCAUGACUACCGGAGUCUUCCUCGGGAUGCAAGUGGCUGGACCACUCAGUUCCAGAGACAGAUGACAAGAUCCUCCCUCGGUGCCAACCAUCCAAUGGUGGACCAGUGGCUUGACAGACAGGAACAGGAGGAGGAAGAGCGAAGGAAACAAGAAAGGAGUAUUGAGCGGAUAGAGCCAGUAGGGAGGGCCGACUCCUCACUGGAGCAUUCACCUAUAUUAAAUCUAGAUGGCAUGCUCAAGCCGGUCAAAGUGUCCAAUGAAGGGGGGCCCCUUGGGAUCCAUGUAGUACCUUUCGGUUCACAGAAUAUCAGGACUCAGGGCCUGCUAGUGACACGCCUGGAGCCGGGGGGCAAAGCGGAACAAGAGCGUCUCUUCCAGGAGAACGACUGCAUAGUCAGGAUAAAUCGGGCCAACAUUUGCGAUCUGCGCUUCGAACAGACUCAGGGCCUGCUAGUGACACGCCUGGAGCCGGGGGGCAAAGCGGAACAAGAGCGUCUCUUCCAGGAGAACGACUGCAUAGUCAGGAUAAAUCGGGCCAACAUUUGCGAUCUGCGCUUCGAACAAGCCCAGAACAUUUUCAGGCAGGCGAUGCGUUCCAAGGUCAUCCUUUUUCACGUGGUCCCUGCGGCCAUGAAGAGGGAGUAUGAACUGCUGUCAGCACAGAGUGAGCUCAGCCCUCCCCAGUCCUACAGAGUCCGCUUUAGUCAGGACUUUGAGCAGCCGAGGGACAGGUCCAGUCUGGUGGGGGCACUGGUGUCCAAGUCUGGAACACAAUCUGACCUCAAACUCAACCACCAGAGCCCUUUGGCAAGAAGCACCCCAGAUCCGGGCCAACGGUAUGUCAUGUUACCUCACAUCUUGGUCUCCAGGACUGCAUCAGCCUCUUCCCCCUCCCUGCAAAGGAGGAUAAGCACAAACACAUCCACUGGCUCCUAUGUAAAGAAAAAAGGCCGCAGAUUUAACAUGCACCUGAAGAAAGGUCCAGAGGGACUUGGGUUCAGCAUCACAUCCAGAGACAUCCCGAUUGGUGGCAGUGCUCCCAUUUAUGUCAAAAACAUCCUUCCUCGGGGGGCCGCCAUCCAAGAUGGCCGACUGAAAGCUGGAGACCGGCUGCUGGAGGUUAAUGGGGUGGAUCUUAAUGGUAAGACUCAGGAAGAGGUGGUGGCCCUGCUACGAGCAACACCCAUGGGUGGGACUGUGAACCUAAUGGUUAUUCGCCAGGAGGACUCCCUGCUGCCUCGAGAAGUGCCAGAGGAAGAUGAAAUGGUGUUAACCCCUGAUGGCACAAGAGAGUUCAUGACCUUUGAGAUCCCCCUGAAUGACUCAGGCUCAGCAGGCCUGGGGGUCAGCGUCAAGGGUAAUCGGUCCAAAGAGAACCACUCCGACUUGGGCAUCUUUGUAAAAUCUAUUAUCAAUGGAGGUGCUGCUAGCAAGGAUGGACGUCUAUGUGUUAAUGACCAACUUAUUGCAGUCAAUGGAGAGUCAUUGCUCGGGAUGACCAACCAGGAUGCCAUGGAAGCACUGCGCAAAUCCAUGUCUGUAGAAGGCAACAAGCGAGGAAUGAUCCAGCUCAUUGUGGCACGGCAGGUGGCCAAAAACACUGAGGAAUCCCCUGGCAGCUCUCAAGUUUUAGAGCAACAUGUGACUUUCCCACUGGACAACCAUGGCCAGACUUUGUAUGAAACCAACAACAUCUUGAGAUCACGGUCUAAUGUGAUUGGACACAUUGGUAACUACCAGCUCUCUCCAACUGUGAACAUGCCACAAGACAACAUUGUGAUUAUCGAAGACGACAGGCCACUCCUGCUCCCUGCUCACCUUUCCACAUCAUCCUGCAGCUCCCAUGAUGACAUGGGCUUUGUGGGAGAAAACCCCAUGCCGUGGAUCCAUGAACUGCCUGGUCAGAAUGAAUGCUCGCUCAGUCCUGAUGCAAAUCCCGAUGGUGCAUUCCAGAGGGAGGGCUUUGGUCGCCAGAGCAUAUCAGAAAAACGUACCAAACAGUAUGAUGACGCUGCUCAACUGGAGAUCAUCAAGACCCGCAAGUCCAAGAGCAUGGAUCUAGGCUCUGCAGAACAAGAGGGCAGACCGUCACUGGGCCUGAAAAUGUCCAGUUCCCAUGAAAGCCUUCAGAUGCCUGUUGCUGAGGCAACACUGAAAAGUGAGAUCAAUGUCAACAGGUCACACUCACGGAUCGUCAGGAGCCGCGGCUGCAAUGAAAGCUUUCGAGCUGCAAUUGACAAAUCAUAUGAGAAACGUAGUGUCGGAAUGGCAGAAGAAGCGAACAGCAUGGAGACAUUGGACAAGGAUACAGAAGAAAGUAGCCGAUCAGGUCUUGAGUCGAUGUCUACCAGCAGUGACCUCAUUGUGAGCCCUGGGUUGAAUGGCGAACUCUCCAAAGAUGACAAACGGAAAGACUGGAACGAGGUUGGAGGGAAGGAAAAGAAGACACCUGAAAGGGAUAAGGAGAAGGAGAAAGACAAGGACAAGAGCAAAGCCAAGAAAGGCGUGCUAAAGGGCCUGGGUGGCAUGUUCAGGUUUGGAAAGCACCGGAGGGAUGAACAGCCAGGAGAAAGGAUGGAGAGGAAGAUUUCCAGUAAAUCUAAUGCCAAGGACAUGCAGCCAUCAGAUGAGGAGACUAUGCGGCUGAGGCUGGAACAAGAAAGAAUACAGGUCCAGAUGCUGGAACUAAGGGAGCAGCAGGCAACAGAGAGGGAAUAUGCUGAGAUCCAAGAUGUUGUCAGCCGGACCUUCAGCUCAGACGAAGAGCACACCUAUGCUGGCAUCGGAUCAUUAGACUUGUUGAUAGAUAGCAGCAGCAUGGACGAUUACAACCACCACUACCAUCUUCCUCAACGUCCUCAGAGUCCUCACGUUCCUUUGAGGCUUCAGGACAAUGGCAAAUCCCUGGAGGCUCUGUACGCCCAGGUGAACAAGCCUCGCAAUGGCCAACCUGCUGCUUCAGACAGAAGUCAGAUGGCUCCUAGUAACCAUGACCGGAUACAAAGGCUGAGGCAUGAGUUCCAGCAGGCCAAACAGGAGGAUGACCUUGAAGACCAUCGACUCACGUACAUGUUCGACCCGUCUUGGGUGAGUAAUGGAACAGAGAAACCAAGCAUGCGUCAUCAUUCACACAAGCAACAGCAAGCAGAUAGAGAUGGUUAUCAUGAAGCCCAGAGAAAGUACAACUCCCUGCCACGGCAAUCUCGUACAAAAGCCAGCACAGUGUCCCAGGAUUCACGGGAAAAGGUGUACAUGCCAGCAGAAAACCUCCACACAUCUAAGGUGAAUCCUCGCUAUACAGGUGUCCAGGGAUCACAUAAUGGCUACCUUGGAACUUCCAACUUCAACGCCCGUGUCCUCUUAGAGACUCAGGAAUUGCUGAGACAGGAGGAAAGACGCAGAGAACAGGAGGCCAACAAGGCCAAGGCACUGUCCACACAAAAGACUCCCAACAGCAGCAGCUAUGACCACAACAGAGACCACGCUCAGGUCCCUGGAUCUGCCCCACCUCAAUCCAAGGGCCCUUAUAGACAGGAUGUACCACCAUCUCCUUCUCAGCUCGCCAAGCUCAGCAAGUUUCAGGGUUCAGAGAAAGGGAACCAGUUUUACUCCUGAGACAAUACUUAUGGGAGCUAAGCACUGAUUGUAGGGAGCAUUAACAGGGAAAAAUACAAAGACUAAAUAUUUGUUUUAUAAAAUGCUGAGAUGCAAAGACAUUUAUGGGAUGUUGAGAAACAAUGUUAAUAUAAAAAAAUAGUUUUUUUUAAUGAUAUGAACAUUGACCCUUAUUGGAUGUGUCAAAUAGAAUUGAUGUAAGAUAUUUUAUUGUCCAGCAUCAAGAUCAUCUAACUAUGUGUCCAAGUGCCUUCUAGUUCAUUGUUUGUUCACCUUUUGUAGGCGUCAGCCCCAUUUUUUGCUCAUGAGCUACAGCUUUGACACAUCCAUCUCACAAAUUCAGCAGGGCACACAUCACAGCAGACAGCAGCUGGUUUCAACCACUGCUACAUCAUCACGUCUGACAAUGGUCUGACCCAAACAUCAUAACACCAAGCACAGGAUAUGAUUCAGGCAUGGUUUUGUACCAAUCAGCCGCUGCCUGCUGGGAUCUCACGUUGCACUUGUGUGAUUGAAGUUUAUUUGUGCCGUUCAAUGGGACUGUAAAAGCACUGUUGUACAUGUGUCUGUGGGUGUGAGAGCUGGCAGGAGUUGGCAUGUAGUGACAUAGUGUGGAGGUUAAGCAGCUUGUGUGAACUUUGGAGUGAGAACAUGAGUUAUGGGGCAUAACCACUCACCCUCAGUUUAGAGAAAUAUCCCUUUUGGUUUCAGAUGCAACACUCACCAGAGUCUCUAUCCUUCUUCAAAUCCCUUUCUGUAUUUACAGUAAUAUGAUAAUCCUGAAAUCUCUCUUCCUCUCUGCUGGCUGCUUUUUGUCUUUACUUUUCACCCUCACUAUACUGCACUCUCAGUGGAGGGAAACCAGCUUUAGAACUCCUUUACUCCUGUCCUGCCCCACCUACUCAAGAAACCCAGCAGCAUAAAUGGGGUCAGGCCUUGGUUAUUAAUUAAUAUACUUCAUUAAAAAUGAACACACCCUUUAUGUGCGGAUUUGUUGGAGGAAGAAACAAUAACUUUGCUGGCAUGGCAGUAGCCAUGGCCUUGCCUCCAAUGAUUUGGCUGUAACUGAAACCCACUGGCCCCUCGGCCUCUUUGUUGUUCCUCGCUGAAUAUUUCAUCAUCCUGUGGGAAACCACAUCACCUCUGCACUGUGAGAAUGCCAAUCUAUGUCUAUUUAUAGAACUGAUGUUGGUUUACUUUCAUGAUUAUAUCAGUUGAUUGUAAACCACUUGGGAGCUUUUUCAUCAUUCAAUCAAAAAUGAGUGGUGCAUUUUUCAGUGUUUGUGACAGUUCAUAGUGUGUUCUUGUAUUUUUAUCCCUGUAAGAACAAGAAUUUAAGUUGCCAGAGUGAUGACUCUUUUUGCAAUGCAAAGACAUUUUUUGAAGAGCAAAGGUAAUGAUCAUUCAUUUAUUUUCUACCGCUCAAUCCCUGAACGGGGUCACAGGGGGGCCGGAGCCAAUCCCAGCCAGCAAUCGGACGAAGGCGGGGUAGGUAAUGAUCAGUUUCAUCUGGAUCAGAAUUGUGUGGGUUUGGAAACCCCAUGUUUUGCUAUCUGGGAUCAGAUAAUCCAUAUUGCCUUUGUGGCAGUUUUUAAACAACAUUAGAUUGGAUCAGCCUUAUCCAGAUACAAACUUUUCAAGUUUACCAAAUCUGGAUUAUCAGUGCUCUUGGUGGGGCUACAUAUCACAAUAUAGGCAGCUAUCUAUGUAAAUAAUAAAACAAUACAAGCAUCGCUUCCCAUUUUCAUUGUCCUUUAAUGAGUCAUACCCCACAAUACAUAAAUACAAAAGAAACAUAUACAUAAUUCACAAAAUUUGUAGAUAUUUGGGUUAAAUGUCAAAUAGUUAAUUAAAACAAAACAAAAACAAAAAACUAAGAGGCGUAACUAUUCGCCAUUUCACACUUAAUAAAAGAUUAAAAUAAAUUUAAUGGUUUAGGUUUCAGAUCAGAAAAAACGUCCAAAUAAAAUCUUAAAAUAAAAUAUUCAACAACUUUUAAAUUAAGCUAACCUAGUAGUGUUUGGUCCUAAACCUAACCAAGUUCUGAGGCUAAACAUAAUGAAACUGUGACCAUUUCUUCAUUUUAAGGGUAUGUUUAUGACAACAAAAGUUUGUAAAGCUUUGGGGGGAGGAGUAAGAUAUAUAGAAUAUUCGUGGCAGCAGUUUGUGGUACAGAAAAAAGUAGUGUGCAUUUGUGUAUUUACAUACAAAGGAAAUACUAGUAUUUUUAUUCAGCUACCAAUUCUCUUGUAUGUGUGUGUAGGUGGGUGUGUUUAAGUGUCUCUACACACUUCCAGUAACUGGAUCCUUCAAUAUGUCUGAAAAUGUCUUGGCAGCCAUAUGAACCACUUGGCUGCUGAGUGGGAGAGAAGCAGAGGAGUAGGAGGGAGAGAAAAUUUGAAGCCUGACCUUGCAGAUGAUUCAGUCAAUGGAGUAAACACAACUAUUCCUCUGAGUCUACAGUACAAAUAGAGGUUACCAACAAGGCUGAGGUUUACAUUUGCAAUAUCUUCUCUUCAUUUAUCUCUGUCUGUCUGUCAGUUUCACAUUUGUUUUUCUUCUAUUGGAGGAUUACCUGGUCUUGUUUGUAUGGAUGGAACUGGCUGUGUGUAUCCAUGUAUUUGGGGGGGGAAGGUCCACUCUGACACAGCAGCUUUGUGUUUAUGCGUCUCUUCAUAAACUGGGGAGAGGUUCAAGAGCCUUCAAUGUCUAAUGAGUUUUUUCUCUUAUGCAAAUUUGACAGUAUCCCAUAAUGUAUAUGUAUUAUUUCUGUUUUGUAAUUAAUGUUUGUGUGCUGCCUCUGUGACACGUGGAUUCUUCUUAUAAAGUUAUUGUUUCAGGGGAUUUUUUUUAUCUUGGGAGAAAUGAGAAAUAUUUUCUUAUUGUUUCAUUGUAUUUUUAUGAGCAUCCCUCAUUGCAUUUUAUGAUCCACAAUAUGGUACUAUGGUGGUAAAAAAAAAAAAGUCAAAUAUGUAAGUACAAGUGCACAGUGCAAUUUUCAGCAUAUCAUAAAACUGUUUUUGCUGUU